CUCAAAUCAUGUCUUUAGUCUUUAUCUAGGAAAUCUCUUUCACAUAGUAUUUUUCCACUUAAAGCACAAAGCACUCACUUUCCAUAAACAAUUUCUUCCCCCCUUUCAGUUUCACAUGCCCCUUCAACCCAAGAUAGAGGCCCUAAAACACUACUUGUACGCUAGCUAGCUCAUGGAAAUAUCAUAUGAUCUAUUGCCAGAUGCCAAGAAGAUUGGAACUUGUGAUGCUCCUAAACAAGAUGAUGAUGACCAAGAAACAAAGACACAAACUUUAGAUGAUGAUGAUGAUGAUGAUGGUUCAAGAUUGAAUCAAGAACUGAAUCUUAUAGAUAGUUUCAACAUGGGUAACUCAUCAGAAAGUACAACACAACAAGCAUCAGAUUCAACUGAGCCUAGGGUUUUCUCCUGCAACUACUGUCAAAGAAAGUUCUACAGCUCACAGGCACUAGGGGGUCACCAAAAUGCCCACAAAAGGGAAAGGAAUCUUGCAAAAAGAAGCCAAAGAAUGGGGUUUCUUUCAAAUCCAAUGAUUUCAGCAGCUGCAGCUUUUGGCCACACAUAUAUGCAUCAACAACACCACCAUGAUCAAAAUUACUGUUCUACCCUUUCUUCACUUCCUCUUCAUGGCUAUAACAACAACAACAACAGUCACAGAUCACUUGGAAUUCAGGUACACUCAAUGAUCCACAAACCUUCUAAUUCUAUGUUUUCGGCUUCGAAUUCUUCGGGUUUCAAGAGCUUUUAUGGGUCAAAAGGAUGGUCAUCAAGACCUCAUGUUGAUCAGCAACCAGCUAUAGGGAAGCUCAACAUAGCAGGCUACCCCUCAAGCCUGGCCGGAGCUCCACCGUCCCACGGUGGUGUUGGGCGGUUUGAGGUGGUUAGGACUGGAAUGAGUUCAAUGGCUAAGGAUGAAGUUGGUGGUUUAUGGUGGCCGGAGUUGAAGACCAAUCAAGAUGAGUCUCAGAAACUUGAUUUGUCACUCAAGCUCUAGUCAACUCACCCUUGACUUGAUCCAUUAGUUCAGUUACAUAUAUAUUUUUUCUUCUUCUUAAAUGUUCUGGUUGAGAAUCCAUGAUACUUAUGUUUCUUUUUGUUUAAUUUUUCUUUUUUGAAAUUGAAAAUAGUGUGUAAAUUUAGAUCUUGGAAAGAUUGCUUCAGAUAUUGUUCUUUUAUGUAUUUUGUAAGUUUUCCUUA